AUUCUGAUGUAUUUCAGAUUCUGUAUUGCCUUGUUUCUGUCAUGGCUUCCUGGAGUUCCUGAUCUGUGAGGUGGUCGUAUCAAGUAUCAGAAACUCCGUUAGCAAGCGGAUUUCGUAGUUAUCUUGUUGCUGGCUUUCCUGGAUUCCUGAAGUUCCACAGAUUUGCCGGAUAAUUUCCAGCGCAUCAGUCGUACAAUCCGGCAUAGUACCUGCCGUCUCAUAUCCUGCAUCACUCAGCAUAUCCCCUUAUAUUAGCAAAGAAACUUCAUCCCGCGUAAAAUCCGGCGUAACAUUCGCCAUGAAUGCUCAGGCGAGCCUCCUCAAGCCGCCUGCGAGCAGUCUCGCCGCGGCGACAACUGGCAGAUCCGGAUUCGUCAGGAGUUGUUUGUCAGCAAAUACAGGCACUGCUUUCUUCAAGGAGCUCAUUCCGGCUUUCCAGGGCAUGCGUGGCUCGAGAUCCGAUUCCACCGUCCCCCCAUCCUCCCAGCCUUGGACCUCCUGGCGACAUACCUCCGUUACAAGAACACUCGCGUCCGCCACUCCCGCUAGCAGCACAUCCGUCCCUGCGUCACAAGUGAAGGUCGGAACCGGCUCGCCUUCCCCUCUAGGCCCGUCUCUCGUGGAAAAGCGCGCCAAGCCAGAAGGCUACAGCCGGGACUCCCUGCCUGCUCGAGGAACUGUCAACUUCGCUCUUUUCUCCAAGCACGCUACAGCCGUUACUCUUUGCCUUUUCCUGUCUGGCAAACAGGGCUCGCCUCCUGACCUCGAGAUUGCCCUGGAUCCCAGCAGUCAACGAACGGGCGACAUCUGGCAUGCUUCUGUGGAGAACGUUCCUCUCUGCGGCAUGCUCUAUGCCUACAAGGUGGACGGCCCUAAGGGGUGGGGAGAGGGCAACCGAUUUGACCCGUCGGUGCUGCUGCUAGACCCCUACGCGCCUCUGGUGGACGGGAGGAGGCGUUUUGGGGAUCCUAGCCAACGGAUGGCUCGGAUGUACGGCACGUUUGACUUUGAAUCUGAGCCGUUCGAUUGGGGGGAGGCAGAAGCAAAGAGGGAGCCGAUUCCGGAGAAAGACGUGAUUAUAUAUGAGAUGAAUGUGCGCGCUUAUACUGCAGAUCCUUCAAGUGGGAUCGAUAAGGGGCGGCGAGGAAGCUUCUCUGCUGUUGCAGACAAGGCGCAGCACCUGGUGGAGCUGGGAGUGAACGCAGUGGAGCUGCUGCCCAUCUUUGAGUACGAUGAGAUGGAAUUCCAGCGGCGACCCAACCCGCGUGACCACAUGGUUAACACGUGGGGCUACUCCACAGUCAACUUCUUCGCGCCCAUGUCUCGCUAUGCCUCCAACGAGGGUGGCCCCGUGGCAGCAGCUCGGGAGGUGAAGGAGAUGGUGAAGCGGCUGCAUGCAGCGGGGGUGGAGGUGAUCCUAGACGUCGUCUAUAAUCACACCAACGAGGCGGAUGAUACCUUUCCGUACACUACUUCAUUCAGAGGCAUAGAUAACAAGACGUACUACAUUGUGCAGCCCAACAGCUACGUGCAGCUGGCCAACUAUGCGGGGUGCGGCAACACGCUCAACUGCAACCACCCCGUGGUGAUGCAGAUGGUGCUGGACAGCCUGCGACACUGGGUGCAGGAGUACCAUGUGGAUGGUUUUCGAUUUGACCUGGCUAGUGUCUUGUGCCGAGGGACGGAUGGGGAGCCACUCGUAGCGCCUCCACUCAUUCGGGCAAUUGCCAAGGACGAGGUUCUCUCCAAGUGCAAGCUCAUUGCCGAGCCCUGGGACUGCGGCGGUCUCUACCAAGUGGGCAGCUUCCCCAACUGGGACAGGUGGGCGGAGUGGAAUGGCAAGUACCGAGACGACGUGCGCAAGUUCAUCAAGGGAGAUGAGGGAAUGAAGGGCCCCUUUGCCACUCGAUUGGCUGGAUCUGCAGACAUGUACCAUGUGAACCAGCGCAAACCUUACCACAGCAUCAACUUUGUCAUCGCCCACGAUGGGUUCACGCUAAGGGACCUGGUGUCAUACAACCUCAAGCACAAUGAGGCGAAUGGGGAGGAGGGAAGGGACGGCAGCAAUGACAACUACAGCUGGAACUGUGGGGCGGAAGGUCCCACGCAGGACGAGGGGAUUAUUGCGUUGAGGAACCGGCAAAUGAGGAACUUCCACCUGGCGCUCAUGUUAUCGCAGGGCACCCCUAUGAUGCUGAUGGGGGAUGAGUAUGGGCACACACGCAAUGGCAACAACAACAGCUAUGGCCAUGACACUGCGCUCAACCAUUUCCUCUGGAACCAGUUGGAGCAGAACCGCUCGUCUCUCUUCCGCUUCACAGCAGCGGUCAACCGCCUUCGCUCCUGGCACCCAGCCCUGGGCCAGGCCAACUUCCUCUCACCUGGGGACAUCACCUGGCAUGAAGACAACUGGGACAACUAUGAGAGUAGAUUCCUUGCCUUCUCCUUGCACGACGUCUCUGGGAUGUGUGGCGACCUGUAUGUGGCAUUCAACGCUCAUUCCUUUGCUGUGGGCGCUGGUCUACCUCCCCCGCCCCCUGGUCGCCAAUGGGUUCGCUUGGCUGACACCAACUUGCCGUCCCCACGUGACAUUGUCGAUGACCUUGAGACGAUUGCAACCAAUGGCCGUGUAAUCAGUGGCACUUACAACGUUGCUCCGCAGUCUACCAUAGUGCUUCUUGCUGCUAAGGCGUAAUUAGAGGUUUUGAACGAAGAGUAUAUUCUUGUCACUUGAAGUGUUCACUAAUAAACUCCUCCAAAUGAGGCGGAGUUUAACGCACAGUAUUGCUGAAAUGGACGGCAGGGAUUGAUGCCCGAACUUC